AAAGAUAAAUCCUAGAUUUUGAUACAGAAUGAUUUUGCUCAAUAAUUUUGUGACUCAUACUUUGUUUAUAUAUAUGUGCAGGUAUGAAAUCUAUCUCCCUAGAUGCUCUAAACUCUCAACCUUAAAACUUGGAAUUUGUUUGGACAUAACUGAUAAGGGAAUUGCACAUACCUUUAAUCCCACAUCGACUAAGGAGUUAGUCAAGGAGAGCCUACCACCUAUAAAAGCCAAACUUGUUAGGAUGACGUGGCAGAAUACAUGCCCGUGCUGAGUAUUUUCUUCCUAUAGUUUGCAAACCCUACACAAAGCUCCCAACUUUCUUGCACAGAGAAAAAAAAAAUGGCGUCUUUCGACGAAGCUCCUCCCGGAAAUUCGAAGACGGGGGAGAAAAUUUUCAGGACCAAGUGCGCUCAAUGCCACACUGUUGAUAAAGGGGCCGGUCACAAGCAAGGACCCAAUUUGAAUGGGUUGUUUGGAAGGCAGUCUGGAACAACUGCUGGAUAUUCUUACUCAGCUGCUAACAAGAACAUGGCUGUGACUUGGGAGGAAAAGACUUUGUAUGAUUACUUGCUAAAUCCCAAGAAGUACAUUCCUGGAACUAAGAUGGUGUUCCCUGGACUGAAGAAACCACAGGAUCGUGCUGACCUUAUUGCAUAUUUGAAGGAAUCUACUGCUUGAUAUUUUCAUCCAUUGCCUAUUCCAUUUUGUAGUUCAACAAUUAUUCACACAUAGCGGUUCGGAACCAAUUUUUUUUUCUUUGAUUUACUAAUAAAAUUCGAGACUUUUAAGGGCUGCAAUGCUUCUUUCUCGUGGAUUUUUCUUUUGCUUUUCCUAUGGAUUCUCUAGGAAGAGGAAGAAGUUGCUGUAAUCGGCACAUUAAACAUUCAUUUUGCUUACAAUUUUAUGAAUAUUGUGGAACAACAUUUUACUUA